UGCUCAGUGGUAUAUAAAUGGCGACUGACUAGCAGCUUAUCGCCUUGCGUCGACCGUACAUAGUACACUCCGCAAUCACCAUGAAGACCCUCGCACUUGUGUUGGUGCUGCUGGUUGCUGUUGCUUCAGUUUCCGCACGAUGGAAGCGGCCAUGUAAGGGAAAAUACUGUGGUUACGGCUAUGGAGGUGGCUAUGGGGGCUACGGAGGAGGUUAUGGAGGAGGCUAUGGAGGCUAUGGAGGCUUCUUAGGUGGCUAUGGAGGUGGCUAUGGAGGCUACGGAGGAGGCUUUGGAGGCGGCUAUGGAGGCUACGGAGGUGGAUAUGGUUUGGGUGGAUUGGGAGGAUGGGGAGGCUAUGGCGGUGGCUAUGGAGGUUAUGGCGGUGGCUACGGCGGUGGCUAUGGCUAUGGAGGUGUUGGUGGAUACGGUGGUGGAUUCGGUGGGGGAUACGGCGGCGGCUAUGGAGGAGGAUACGGUUGGAACAUGAGAGCCUAUUGCAAAUGCCGACCCAAGUGUGGUUGGAAGCAAAAGUUUGUUGGCCCAUGCCCAUGGUGCAAGAAGGGCUGUAAGCUGGUCCUCUGCUGCAGACGAAAGUGGUAGACGGAUACUGUCGAACAUUCAUUGUCUUUUUCAAGCAGACUGACUCCCUACUUGCACUCACCUGGACAACGAAUUCGGACUGUUAUAUUUUUGCUUUAAACUGUACAGUUACUAAUAAAAGCUAUGCAGAUUA